AUGGAAGAAGUGACACGAGGUUCGGGUCCGGACACGGUUGACAUGUUCGACCAUCUUAAAGACAAGGGGUUUAAUGUGUAUUAUAGUGCAAUUUAUACGUAUUCCAUACGCGCUAAUACAACAUUGCCAGCACAUUUCCUAAUUUAUCACAAAGAUGCCGAGUUUUUAUUUCAUGUGGUCGUGUUUUAUAAAAGACAUAAAAACUUUAUGUGGUGUGAUAAACUGCAAAAAGAAAUGUUAAUAGAAAAAAUAAAACAAGACAAUUUAAAGGUUUUUAACAAAAGUUUAUCUGAAGUGCUGGAUAAGCUACACUUUGGGAAAUACGCAUUUAGCUUUAAAAGUAUUAACACAACUAUGGGAACUUCACACAACAUCAACUUUUUAAUUCCUGAAAACGGUGAACAAUUCCUGAAAGACUAUCGUGAACCUGAAUUCAUAGAAUGUAACUAUACCAGAGCAAAUUUUUAUUAUAAAAAUUAUGAAAUUUCCAAAAAGCUCACAACUUGGAUGUCAAAGGCUGUUAAAAUGAUAGAAAAAAUCGGAGAAGCUUUGGACAAGCAUGGUGUUCCUUUUACCAUAGCCGAGGGCACAUUAUUAGGUUGGUACAGACAGUGUGGAAUUAUAACACAUACAACAGAUUUGGAUGUUUUGAUAUUAAGAAAAGACUAUACCGAAAACAUCCUUAAAAGUUUAAAGAAGAUAGGAUUUUCUCAUACACAAACUUUUGGAAAACUGAACGAUAGCUACGAAUAUUCAUUCAGAUGGUCGGGCGUGAAAUUGGAUGUAUUUUUUGCAUAUAAAGAAAAUGAUACAUGGUGGUUAGGAGGAACGAAUGGAAAGAAGAAGUUGAGGUUUACUAUACCAAAGUUUAAAAAUUGCUGGUCAGAAUUAAUGGGUGUUCGGGUUCGAGUCCCGUGUAAUGCUGGCGAAUAUAUCAAAAAAUCAUAUGGAGAAAAUUGGUAUAAACCGAUCAAGAAGUGGAAUUGGGCAAGUGAUGCUACGAACAGUAAAGUUGUUGGGAGGUGGAAGCGAUCGAUUUCCUGGAUCAAGAGACAUUGCAUCUUCUGUUGA